CCGAACCCACGAGGCCACGACCCACUACUACAUCAGUCCACCGCCACCGCGCACCGCGAGUCCGCGACAGACAUCCGCGCCCCGGCCUCACUCUCACUCCCCAGUCCCCACCGUGCCGCCACAAGCGACGCGACGCAGCCACGCAGGGAGAGGGAAAUGGCCACGGCCGCGACUGCCACGGCGGGGAGUAGAGCAGCCGUGCUGCUGCUGCUCUCGCUGGCGCUGGCGCUGGCGCUGCGGCCCUCCGACGCCGGCGCGGGCGGCGACUGCCACUUCCCGGCCGUGUUCAACUUCGGCGACUCCAACUCGGACACGGGCGGCCUGUCAUCGCUCUUCGGCGCCGCACCGCCGCCCAACGGCAGGACCUUCUUCGGCAUGCCCGCCGGCCGCUACUGCGAUGGUCGCCUCGUCAUCGACUUCAUCGCUGAAAGCCUGGGGCUGACUCACCUCAGUGCGUACCUGAACUCGAUCGGAAGCAACUUCACACAGGGAGCCAACUUUGCAACAGCUGGUUCAUCGAUCAGAAGACAGAAUACAUCGCUGUUCCUCUCUGGUUUCAGCCCCAUUUCCUUGGACGUGCAGUUCUGGGAGUUUGAACAAUUCAUCAACAGAAGCCAACUCGUCUACAACAACAAAGGCGGUAUCUACAGGGAGAUCCUACCAAGGGCGGAGUACUUCUCCCAGGCACUUUACACCUUCGACAUCGGUCAAAACGACAUCACCUCAAGCUACUUUGUUAACAAUACCACCGAAGAAGUCGAAGCCAUAAUCCCUGAUCUGAUGGAGAGGCUCACAUCUAUAAUCCAGAGCGUGUACUCGCGUGGAGGAAGGUACUUCUGGAUACACAACACAGGGCCGCUCGGCUGCCUGCCCUACGCGCUGCUGCACCGCCCUGACCUCGCCAUCCCAGCGGACGGCACCGGCUGCUCCGUCACCUACAACAAGGUCGCGCAGCUAUUCAACCUCAGGCUCAAGGAGACUGUGGCGAGCCUCCGGAAGACGCACCCUGACGCCGCGUUCACCUACGUCGACGUCUACACCGCCAAGUACAAGCUCAUCAGCCAGGCCAAUAAGCUCGGCUUCGACGACCCUCUGCUGACAUGCUGCGGGUACGGCGGCGGCCGGUACAACUUAGACCUGAGCGUCGGCUGCGGCGGGAAGAAGCAGGUGAACGGGACGUCGGUGGUGGUGGGGAAGUCGUGCGAAAACCCCUCCAAGAGGGUGAGCUGGGACGGCGUGCACUUCACCGAGGCUGCCAACAAGUUCGUGUUCGACCAGAUCGUCGCCGGCGCGCUCUCGGACCCGCCCGUGGCGCUCAGGCAGGCGUGCCAUAGCAGAGGGCAAUGAAUCGGCCCCGUGUCGCUCGCCGCGAUGGCCACGCUGCAGCUGCAGCUGCAGCUGUUUCUGGCUGUGUAACUUUGCAAGUGUAAAUCGAAGGAGCAAGCAUGCUCGAGGACGAGGUGCACGGCUUCACUUUGUAAUAAGGGACAUGCAAAUCAGAGAUCCAAGAGCAAUGAUUUCCAUCAAUAGAGGAUCGAUGACCACG